AUGACUCUUCCCAGCGACUCUAAAACGCCUGUUGACAAUCCUACCCGGGUUGAUUCUCACGACCAUGUUGAAACUGCACUCAAACACGACGACCUUGCCGCUGAGACUGUCGCACAGGGUCAGGCCCUCUCCGGCCAUGAGCACCUGAUAUUCUGGGAGACUGUUCGGACCUUCAAGGUGGCCUCCGUAGUCUGUCUGCUCGCGGCCUUUAGUGCUGGAGCUGAUGGUUAUGAAAUUGCUGUGCAAGCAAGCAUCAUUGCCAACAAGGGCUUCAUCCAGCAGUUCGCCACGGCAGUCAACGAAGAGAGCGAGAAGUUCCUUGCCUCCAAUAUCAUCGCUACUUGGAGCGCUGGCCAGAACGUAGGCCAGGUUCUUGAUUUCAUGUACACCCUCUGGGCCAUCCUCAUGAGUAGUGUCUUGGCUGAAUCACUUGCCCGAACCUGGCCGGUCUGGUUUGGUGCAAAGAUGCUUGCUGGUACGGGCGUGGGAUACCUCCAGGCUACCCUGCUAGGUUGCAUCACUGAAGUUAGCCCAACUAGAGUCCGUGGCGGCAUGUUGAUGCUUUACAGCUUCUGGUGGACGCUUGGUUCCUUCUGCACUCAUGUGGUUCUCCAGAGGCUGAACAAGACAGAUCCCUUCAACAGGCAAACACCGGUGUAUACCCAGUGGGGACACAUCGUAGUCACGGCCAUCAUCUACGUCUUGCUUCAUGAAUCUCCUUCCUGGUGCGUCACUGUCGGACAAGAAGAGAGGGCCAAGAAAAGCAUCAGGUUUAUUUACCGCGGAGUUGAGAAUUUUCAUGUCGAUCGUCACUACGAACUCCUCGUCUUGAACGUCGAGCAUGAAAAGGCUUUAGCGGUCGAGCAACGAAACGAAAGCUGGCUGGCUAUUUUCAAGGGUACCGACAGCCGCCGUACCAUCACCGCCAUGUGGACUAUCGUUGCGCAGCAGUUCCUGGGUCUUGCCCUCUUUGGUAGCUUCGGUAUAUACUUCUUCCAACAGGCUGGUCUUGCCGACCCUUUCCAGAUCAAGGCUAUCACUAAGUCUCUGCAGCUAAUCGUCGUGAUCUUGGCUGUUUUCGGUAUCGAUAAAUUUGGUCGUCGUCGUAUGGCUUACUGCGCUACCUCCUUGAUGUGGAUUUCUUGUCUGAUCGUUGGUAUCAUCGGAGUUGCUCCCCAAAGUGGUGCAAGCACUUAUGUGUUUGUAUUGUCCGCGUGCUUCUGGAAUAUUGGAAUCUCGGCCAAUGGAGCUGCGGGCUGGGGCUAUAUCGGCGAAAUAUCCUUACAGCGACUACGGCCGUAUACUUCUGGCUUCGCAGCCUCUGCCAAUUCCGUUACUGGUCUCAUCAUGUCUGUUCUCACACCCUACAUGGUUAAUACAAAUAAGUGGGAUUGGAAGCGCAAGACUGGCUUCUUCUACGCUGGCGUUGGUCUCCUUUGGGUUAUUGGCACCUGGCUGUUGGUUCCCGAGACUGCUCGGUAA